AUGAGAGCUCUGGUUAUAACAUACGUCUUUACGACCCUAGCAGUCGUCAAGGCCACCCCACUAGAAGGGAAACAGAAAGUCGAUUGUGCAAAUCUCGCUGGAAUUUGGAUCAAUAGUGCCGCGCGUAUCCAUCACGCACAGAGUGAGCCUGUGGGAGGUCUCACUCUACCGAAUAAUGGAGACUCGGUCCUAAAUGAGCUUCCUCUCUGCCAUGUUCAAGGAACCAUUAACUAUAUAGCUGGCGGGGAUGCUACGCCAGAUCCACGCGGGAAUAAUACCCUUAGCUGGGAACUAUUCCUUCCAGACCAACCCCAUUACAAUGGACGUUUCCUUGUCGUAGGGAACGGAGGCUUCGCAGGCAAUAUUGACAAUGCCACUAUGCUCACAAACCUGAAUUCCGGCUUUGCAGUAGCAGGUUGUGAUGGUGGACAUCCAUUGUCUGAAAGUGAAAGCAAUGGACCUAACGACUCUGUACCAUUCUUGGACGAUAUCGCGAAGGUGAAAACCUGGAUCCACCAUUCAAUUGCCAUGACCACCAAUAUCACUCGGGCCGUUACUGCCCAGUAUUACGCUGAACGGCCGACGUACAGCUAUUUCUGGGGCUGUUCAACUGGCGGUGCACAGGGUUACGCGCUUGCGCAAUACCACCCUACCCUAUUUGAUGGCAUAUAUGCUGGUAGUCCGGGAAAUUGGUACAGUCAUUUGAUACUGAGCUUUUUGUGGAAUGGACUGCAUGCGACGGGGAACGGGUUUAUGAGCCAAGAUGUUUUGAAUUUUAUCACGAACAGAACAGUGGCUGCCUGCGAUGAACUAGAUGGUGUCAAAGACGGCAUAAUUGAGAACCCGUUGAGGUGUAACUUUGAUAUCGAGACACUGGAGUGCCAACUCGGUCAGAUCCCCAUUGUCAACAAUGAGACUCUCUGCUUGACUACAGAACAGAUCCAAUCCGCACUUCAGAUUUAUGCCGGCCCGAAGGACCAACGCACGGGGAAGCAGAUCUAUCCUGGGUUUGACCUAGGCUCGGAAAACGGUUGGCUGGCUCAAGAAACAUUUCUGUAUUCCUCAUACGCGGCUCCGAUUCUUAGACAGCUAGUGUUCAAGGACGGGACCUAUAAUAUUACAUCGUUCAACUGGGGUUCAGAUGUCGAUUAUCUAGACCACACCGCGUCACCGGCCAUCGACGAGAUUUCUCCAAAUCUGUCGGCAUUCAGUCAGAGAGGAGGCAAGUUGAUCACACUUCAAGGAUGGGCAGAUCAGUACAAUGCCGCCACAUGGCCAAUCGAUCACCUGAAACAGAUCCAGUCGGCUGUCCAAGGGCAAGAUUUCUCUGAUUUUAUCCGACUAUUCAUGGUGCCUGGGGGUGGACACUGUGGGGCCAAUUCAGCAUACAGUCACGUACCAGCCACUUACCAUGUUCUUGAUGCUUUGUUGCCGUGGGUGGAAGAUGGGAUUGGCCCCGAAGAAAUUAUGACCUCUGCGCCUCCUGACGGGUCAAAUACAACUAGGAAGCUGUGUGUAUGGCCGAAGGAGGCGAGAAUCCUCCAUGGAAGCCCAAGCGAUUGGAAGAGUUACACAUGUGUUAGGUAG